AUGCCAGCUGUGACUGCGGGGACACCGGUAACAGAGCACUACUGUGACUGUGACAACUGCGGACCACAACAGUCCUCUCUGAGACUGUUCACCCUCUCCUCCGUGGUGGUGAUGGGAGAGAACAUGUCGAAGCGUCUGAAGCUGCUGUCCUCAGACGGAGACCCGGAGGACCGCUCCUUCCACAACCCGCACCCGGACUGGGACCCAGGCACCGCCAGCGCGGACUCAGAGGCAGACGAAGGCCCCCAGGGGCCCAUUGAGGAUGGCAAGGUGAGUGCAUCAUUCGAGAGGAGAGUCCAGAGUAAGAUAAAAGACCUGCUGCUGCAGAUGGAGGAGGGUCUGAAGACCGCUGACCCCCAUGACUUCUCUGCGUACACUGGAUGGACCGGUAUCGCCCUGUUGUACUUGCAGCUGCACAGAGUGUCCGGCGAGGCCUCUCACAUUCAGCGAGCGCUGGACUAUGUGAAGAGGAGUAUGCGGAUCCUCAAUGGACGGAGAGUGACCUUUUUGUGUGGGGAUGCGGGGCCUCUGGCUGUGGGGGCAGUAGUGCACCAUAAACUGGGCAACAGCGCUGAGAGCAAAGACUGUUUGUCUCGCCUGCUGCAGCUUCAGGCCUCUGUGCUGAGUCCUGAUGGAGACAUGCCUGAUGAGAUCCUCUAUGGGCGCUCUGGAUACCUCUUCGCUCUGCUGUACGUGUGCAAAGAGCUCGGAGCUGAGGCUGUGGACGAGGCUAUGCUCUCACAGGUGGUCAUAACCAUUAUUGAGUCUGGAAAGAGCUUCUCGGCAGAGCAGAAGAAGUUUGAGCGCUGCCCCCUGCUGUACGAAUGGCACAAGAAGCAGUACGUGGGAGCAGCUCAUGGACUGGCCGGGAUCUACUACAUGCUCCUGCAGCCCAGUGCCAAAGUUCACCCUGACAUGAUGGCUGAACUAAUCCGGCCGAGCAUCGACUACAUCCGUCACAAGAGGUUUCGCUCUGGGAACUUCCCCUCGUCCCUGAGCAACGAGUCGGACCGACUAGUGCACUGGUGCCACGGGGCCCCAGGGGUCAUCCACCUGCUGCUGCUGGCCCACAAGGUCUUUAAAGAAGACAAGUAUCUGAGGGAGGCCUCAGACUGUGCUGAAGUCAUCUGGCAGCGGGGCCUGCUUCGAAAAGGCUACGGCAUCUGCCACGGCACCGCCGGCAACGGCUACGCCUUCCUCUCUAUGUAUAAAGUCACCCAGGAGCAGAAGUACUUGUACCGGGCGUGUAAGUUUGCAGAGUGGUGUUUGGACUAUGGCACCCAUGGCUGCCGCAUCCCAGACAGACCCUACUCACUGUUCGAAGGAAUGGCAGGGACCAUCCACUACUUGUCGGAGAUGUCAAACCCUGAAGCAUCAUGUUUCCCAGCCUUUGAACUCUGA